AUGUCUACUCAAUUCAUCGGAUCAAAGAUUGUUUUGAUCACAAAGAAACAAAUAAAAUACGAAGGUAUUUUAUAUACUAUUGAUCCAAUCGAUAAUACAAUUGCACUAAAGAAUGUUAAAUCAUAUGGAACUGAAGAUAGAAGAGAGAAUGGUUUCAUCCCACCAUCAAACGAGAUUUUCGACUUCAUUGUAUUCAAGAGCAGCGAUAUCAGUGAUUUGAAUGUCUAUGAGGCACCGGCAACCGCUGCAGCUUCAUCCGCCAGCAACACCACCACCCAAUCGAACGCUGCUGCAAGCACCUCAGCCGCUCCAACCAACCAAUCCACUGCCAACACCGCUACUCCAACUCCAACCUCGACAACAACAUCUGCCCCAUCUUCAUCCACUUCACAACCAUCCAACGCAACAACCCCAGCAGCUCCAUCCUCAAAGCCAUCUCAACAACAACCAGCAGCUGCAGCAACAACAGGUUCACCAUCAACCAAUCCCAACCAAGUUCCACCAAUGAACCAACAACAACAACCUGGAUUCCCACCAAUGGGAGGUAUGCCACAGCAACCAGGUCAAUUUAUGUAUGGAGGAUUCCCACAGUUUGGAAUGGGAAUGCCAAACCACCAGGGAGGAUUCCCACAACAGUACCCACCGAUGUACAAUCCUUACUACGGAAUGUAUGGAUUCCCACCCUACGCCUAUGGUCAGAAUCCAAAUAUGGGAGGUAUGCCACCACAACCACCAUUCUACAAACCACCAACCUCUGCUGCACCAAACACUGCCACUCCAACUCCAGUAGCCGGUAAUGCCACUGCACCAUCCACUGCUACCAACGCUCAACAACCAGCUGCCAACGCUCAACAACAAUCGAAACCAACAACAGCUGCCAACGUACAACCAAUUGUCAAUCCAGUCGUCCCUCUCGCCCAACCAGUUGCACAACCAACUCCAGUAGCUGCACCAGCCACUGCUGCUGCCACUAUUGCCGCCGCCACUGCUGCUGCUGCUGCCAACCAAACUGCCGCUGUCGAACCGCAACAACAACAACAACCAUCGCAACCACAACAACAACAACAACAGCAAAGACAACACAGACAACCAAGAAACAAUAAUUAUCAACCAAGAAAUCAACAACAAUCAAACCAACAGCAACAAGUCAAUGCAGGUAACGCAGGUAAUGCCAUGGACAAUACAGUACAGAGACAACAAAGAGUCAAUACCAACAGCAACAAUAACACCAACAAGAGAAAUACAAACACCAAUGUAUCUAGUAACAACACCAACAACACUAACCCAACAGGACACCACAACAACAAUCAUCAUCAUCACCAUCACCACGCUGGUGGAUUCCAAAACAAGACAGGAGGAGGCUACAAGAAGACCUUCCCAAAGAAAGAGUUGGAGGAAUUCAACUUUGAAGAGUCAAACUCAAGGUUCAACAAGGAAAAGUUGGCCGAGGAACUAUCGGGUACCGCCGUAAGUAGCGAUGUAGCAUCGCCAAGCGAAGAAAACGGCACCGACGAAACCAUCGUCAACGGAAUCUCAUCGAUCACCAUCUCCACCUCUUACACACCAUCGAACUUCUUUGACAGCAUCUCGUGUGAGUCAUUGGAUAAGCAAAACAAUGAGGGUGCCCCAAUCAAGGGUAAAACAACACUCUACGAACAGAGAAAGCUCGACCAAGAGACCUUUGGAAUGUCGACCGUUCGUUCCUACGAUGCCCACCGUCGUGGAGGUAGAGGACAAAACAGAAGAUUUAACAAUUACAAUCAAAGAAACAAUCAAAACAACAAUCAAAACAACACCAACACUUCAAACACCAACAACUCAACAACAAGUAAGCCUCAAUAUCAAAAAGUUAAUAAGGCAGAAAGUAAUUAA